AUGGCUAGUCGUCUGGAAGAUGUCUAUUGCACGUUGGUUACGAGCGACUCGUACGUUGCUGGAGCCGCUGUGCUUGCGCAUUCUCUAAGAGAUAAUGGUACAAAGAAGAAGCUGGCCGUACUCAUUACUGCCGACUCUCUACGACCUGCCACCAUCACGGAGCUCAAGUCAUUGUAUGACUAUGUUAUCCCAGUCGAGCGCAUCACCUCUCCCAACCUUGCCAACCUCUACCUAAUGGGUCGUGGUGACCUCCGCGAUGCCUUUACCAAGAUCAACCUCUGGCGCCAGACCCAAUUCCGUAAGAUCGUCUACCUUGACGCAGACACUGUUGCGCUCCGCGCUCCCGAUGAACUCUUCGAUCUUGAGGCAUCCUUUGCUGGUGCGCCCGAUGUUGGUUGGCCCGAUGCCUUCAACACUGGAGUUAUGGUUAUUUCACCACACAUGGGAGACUACUGGGCAUUGAAGACAUUGGCUGCUACGGGAGACAGUUUCGAUGGAGCAGACCAAGGUCUCCUGAACCAGUAUUAUGAGCACAAGAACUGGCAUCGUCUGAGCUUCGUCUACAACUGCACCCCUAGUGCCAACUACCAAUACGAGCCCGCCUACCGCUACCACAAGUCGCGAAUCGCUGUGGUUCAUUUCAUUGGAAAGAACAAGCCUUGGAACAGUCCCAGAUCACAGAGUGCAACACCUGGAGCAUACAAUGAACUUCUCUAUCGUUGGUGGGCAGUCUACGACAGACACUUCAAGGAGCCGGCUGCCGAGUAUACUUCAGGUCGCUAUUCGCCUGCAUCCUCCCCUAUCCCAAAGCCGGAAGCUCUUAUUCUUACUACUGAGGCCGAUCCUGCCGAAGAGAGGGAGCUAGGAGAAGAGCUGUCCCAAGGCCGUGUUGAGCCCACGCCGACAAUAGAGCAAAGAAGGUUCUCUGCGCCACAGGCAGAAUGGGAUGCGACUCGCAUGGAGCCACCCACCCAUUCAAAACCUGAGGCCGCCAACUUCCCUACUACCACUUAUGACUUUAACCAAGACAAGGAACUCUUCCGCCCACCCAAGGCCUACCCUGAACCUCCCAAGGACAUGUGGUAUGAGGUACCCAAGACGAAGCCCGAUCCGCCUACAGCAAAGCCCAAGCCUGUGUUCCCAUGGGAGGAAAGACAAGCCUCUGCCCCUACCAGAAGAUUCCUCGAGGAUCUUGACUCUCCUGACUCGACUCCUCAACCUGGCGUCACCAUUCCAUCUGCCGAUUACACAGCUAGUAUCAACAGUCCGGCCACUCCCGUCAUCAAGGUCACUACUGAUACUCCUUGGGAAGACUGGGCCUCAAACAAUAGGAACGCUUGGGAUGACGUCGCCGGUAUUGAUAACUACGUCCGCGCGCUCAAUGAGUCCCAGUCAAGUCGUCGUAGGAGCUCAGUGCACCCCAAAUCUCCUGCAACGAGCACACAGUUCGAGCGUAGAGAAAGCUUGAUUCUUACAGAGUUCCCUUCCGAAGUAGAGCGUCCUAGCCUUCCAGUCACCCCAGCACCUAUUCGCAGAACAAACUUCUGGUCGGGCGAACGAGACAACAAUGGACAACUUCCAUCUGCAGAAGGCGUUCCUGAGCAAGCAGACUGGGUAUGUACUUGUUCCCGUCUUCAUCAACCUUUGCCUUGA